AUGACUGAAGUGGCUGAAGCUCCUCGUGACGCCGACAUAUCGAGCUACAGCGUCGCCCUGGUAGGCUUCGUCCCCUCGGCCAACCCCCGUCAUGCACGGAUCAAUUUAGAAGUGUUGGCGACCGUUCGUCCCUUCAUCGAUAUUGGUACCAGUGCGACCUUCUUGUCCGUCUCUACGACCGCCUUCACCCCGGAAUUUCGACGCUUUAUCUUCUGCUUCAACUGGGGGCAGCCCAUUCCCCCUGAUGGAGGCGAUGCUGCCCAGCCCGACGAGCUCGAGACCGUCCAUGGAGGCAUAUUCUUGUUCUCCGACGAAUGGCAGUUCUGGAACGGGUUAAUUGACAGAACUGCGUACUACAUACAGCGUUACCCGGAGAAGUUCCAGGGUGCAAAGGAAGCAUAUCUCGUCAGGCUGGUGACUACAACGAGCUGGGUCAUUACCUUGUACGUGCACAAGGAAGUGGAGGGCCGCGAUGUGAGAUGCCUCGUUAACCCUGUUCUGGCCUAUACGCCGCUCUGA